AUGGCAGAAGCAAUCAACCACCUCUUCGGAUCCUGCGCCUGCGAACGAAACCAAUACGAAGUCAUCAUCCCCGCGCAGUCCGCCUCGCUCGCCCAGGUCUUCUUCGACAACACAGCUCUCUCCCGAAGAACCCAGGCCUCUCCCGUCACAGCAUGGCUCCGUGUGCCCCUCGAUUGGUACUCCAGCGCAACCAUCGCCCUCUUCCCAGACGAAUCCCACAGCUCGAUCAAACGCACCUUCAACACCCCCGCGCAGAACCCGACGCUCCCACCAACGAGGAGGCAGUUUUGCGGGUAUUGCGGGAGUCAUCUGACGAGGUGGAAUGAGGGACUACACGCAUACACCACGACGAACGAGGCGGGAUACCUAGACGUCACGUUGGGCUCUUUGCUCAAUGAGAGUUUGGAGAAGCUGGAGGCGCUGAGGAUUCUGCCGGAUACUGAUUCGGAAGAAGAGGAACCUUCAACAGAAGGCCUCGUCCGCGGCGGCACCAUCGACGACGAAGACCACAUCCCCACCAACGAAGACACGCCCUCUGGCGUGGAUGCUCCCGCCUCUCACCACCUCACGCAUAUCCGCACGGCGACUCGGGAAGCCACGCAACCCCCGCACAACCUCCAGAACCGCGGGAUCCCGUACUUCGAGGAGAUGAUCGCGGAUAGCCGGUUGGGCAGGAUCAAGCGGCGGAUGGGCGGACACACGUCCGAGGAUGGGAGGACGAGUGUGCAGUGGGAGGUCGUGGAGAUCGGUGGUGGCAAUGGGGAUGAGGCGAUGGUGGACGUGAGUGCAUCUUCCGAUGAACCGAAUAAGCGUGUCAAGCUUGAUCGCUGA